UGAAAAAGAAACAAAUAAAGGGAAAGAAAUCAUGACAGCUUUAUAUACGUUGAUUUCUUCCGAUCAUUUUCUCUCCCUCUCUUUCUCUGUCUGUGAGCUAAUCGUACAAACAAAAUCCGCUUCAAGAUUAGGGUUUGAAGAACAAAAAAGUAUCUCUCUCUCCGUCUUUGUUCAAGAAUAUGCAAGAAGCAGCGUUAGGUAUGAUCGGAGCCACCGUGGGCGGUGAUAGAGACGCCGCCGUGGUGGCGGAGCAGAAUAGACAGAUGAAAGGUGAGAUAGCGACACAUCCGAUGUACGAGCAAUUAUUGGCCGCACACGUGGCAUGUCUCAGAGUAGCAACUCCGAUCGAUCAGCUUCCGAUCAUAGAAGCUCAGCUUUCUCACUCUCAUCAUCUUCUCCGUUCUUACGCCUCGACCUCCGUUGGAUUCUCGCACCAUGAUCGCCACGAGCUCGACAAUUUCUUGGCACAAUAUAUAAUGGUGUUGUGUAGCUUCAAAGAACAGCUGCAACAGCACGUGAGGGUUCAUGCCGUCGAAGCCGUUAUGGCUUGCCGUGAAAUUGAGAACAACCUCCACUCUCUUACAGGAGCAACGUUAGGAGAAGGGUCUGGUGCAACGAUGUCCGAGGACGAGGACGAUCUUCAGAUAGAUUUCUCAUCGGAUAAUUCCGGCAUUGAUUUUAGCGGUGGCCACGAUAUGACAGGAUUUGGUCCAUUGCUUCCGACUGAGUCGGAAAGAUCUCUUAUGGAAAGAGUCAGACAAGAACUUAAACUCGAACUCAAACAGGGAUUUAAAUCAAGAAUUGAAGAUGUAAGAGAAGAGAUAAUGAGGAAAAGAAGGGCAGGGAAAUUGCCUGGAGACACAACUACUGUCUUGAAAAAUUGGUGGCAACAACAUUGCAAGUGGCCUUACCCUACUGAAGAUGACAAGGCGAAAUUGGUAGAGGAGACAGGAUUACAGUUGAAGCAAAUCAACAAUUGGUUCAUUAAUCAACGCAAGAGAAAUUGGCACAACAACUCUCACUCCCUCACUUCCUUGAAGUCCAAGCGCAAACACUAAUCUCUUCUUACUAAUUAGUAUAAAUUUUACCGCUACAUAUUCAUACUAAUUACAUUGGUUAUUCAUGCAUGACAAUUAUGUAAUUCAUGUUAUUGAUAUAUAAUAAUGAGGUGUGCCCACUAAUAUCAUGUACUUAGCUUAUUACAUCCCCCCAACCACUAUAUGAUUUGUGCUUUAAUUUGUGUCAUUAAGACUUUUCGUUACUAGAUUGUAAUUGAUUAUUUGUUUUACUCUUUUGCAGUGUAUUCAAAAAUAUUUUCUUGUAACCAGAAUAGUUUUGAAGUAUCAUUUGAAGAUUA